AUGUUCGAAUCAAUACUGCCUGGUCCCCCGGACGUCAUGUACGACCUCAAGGUGCGGGCUGACAAUGACACAUCCGAGGCCAAGGUAGACCUAGGCGUUGGUAUCUAUCGCAACAACGCUGGCCAGUACCAAGAGCUUCAUGUGGUCAAGGAGGCCAAGAAGAUUCUGGCGCAGAAUGACCCUGGCCACGAUUAUGAGGUCACCACAGGCAAUGAGCUAUUCCUACGAAACGCGGCAGAGCUUAUGUUCGGACAAGACUGCCCGCGUCUGUCGACCAACCACAUCGCCUCGGUUCAGACCAUCUCGGGGACAGGCGCUGUCCAUCUCGCGGCGUCUCUACUGACGCAACUAAACCCGACGACGAACCCACCGACCGUAUACGUUGGCGUUCCAGCAUGGGGAAACUACAAGCCUCUGAUGAAGCUCGUCGGCCUUGACGUGGUCGAGUACACGUACUAUGACAGCGUCAACCGAUCCAUCGACUUCGCAGCUAUCCUGCGGGCAGCACGCGAUGCCCCCUCGGGCAGCGUCUUCGUCCUUCAAGGCUGCUGUCACAACCCAACCGGUGCAGAUCCGACUCCUGCGCAAUGGGACGAGCUUGCCCUGUGCCUUAAGCAGCGCGGCCACCUCCCCCUGUUCGACGUCGCAUACCAAGGGUUGGGCAAUGGGUUGGAGGAGGAUGUGUACAGUGUGAGGGCGUUUGCCCGCAUGGGCUUUGACAUGUUGGUGUGCCAGUCCUUCUCCAAGAACUUUGCCCUGUACGGCGAGAGGUGCGGUGCGCUUCACGCGGUCUGUGGCGAUGCUCGGCAGGCUGCAAAUGUGCGCGAUCGGCUUCGCUGUCUUAUCCGCUGGGAGUUCUCGUCUGCGCCGGCGUUUGGCAGUCGGCUUGUAAACAUUACCCUAGGAUCGGAUGCUCUCAGGGCGCAAUGGUAUGUUCAUGAGGAUCCAAAACAACAGUAUGGUAUCCAACUGACGCUGAGACUUUUGCAGGCAAGAGGAGCUUGGGGCCAUGCAACAAAGAAUCAAGACACUGCGACAAGAGUUGUAUUUCAUGCUCGCUCAUCAACUUCAGGCAAGGAUCAGAUCCGGUCUCCCAAAACAGUUCCCUGUAAGAAGCUCAUUGACAAGUACCAUAUCUACCUACCUCCGAACGGCCGAAUCAACGUCUCUGGAUUGAACGAGUCAAAUCUAAGCAAGGUGGCGACGGCCAUUGAUCAGGUAGUCAGAGACUCUCCGGGCCUUGUCAGGGCGAAUCUGGCGUAA